GCCUAAUACUAAAUUCUAAUUUCAGACAUGAUUGUUGAAAGAACAGAGAGAGCGGUUUCUCAGGUAUCCGAGCACGAAGUCAUUGCAAAGUUCAUUAUGGAAGCAAAAACUAUUCGGACCCUCUCGCGCAUGUCUUGCCUUGAAAACUUAGCAGAAAGUAUCAAAAAAAUGUGCCCCGAUCUUAAUGAUGUGUUGCAGAUGUUAUUGGCUCAUUUAGAGUGUUUUCUUGAAGCUCUGGAGAGUAAUGAAAAUAGUGAAAACAGAGAAAUGCUAGAAUCUAGAAUGUCUCUGGCUAUCUAUGAAUUUUCUUCAAAAGCUUGUAAAAUUCUACCUGAUCCACUUUUGCUCAAGAUUCUUAAAGACUGGCAACUUAAAAAAAGCAAAGGAUUGUAUCCAAAGGAUCCAGUUUUAUAUAGAAAAGUGUUGACGUGUCUCCAGGAAGAAGUGAAGUCCUUUGAAGUGACUGUGAUUGCUAAUGCAUUGUAUGAUGAUGAACCAUUUAAAAGAGUGUUAUGUUCUGGGUUGGAUUCGCAAGAUUUUUCUAUUAUUUCCUCCCAACCCCUCGAGAACUCCUGUCCCAACUCACUACAACUCUCUGAAAACAUUCAAAUGUCAUCACCACACAUCAGGUCUCAAUACCUCAGCAACUCCCUGUCCUUCGAGCCAUCCAACAAACUUUCAGACUCUCAACAGUCUCUGUUACCGCCCUGCAUUCCGCUACACAUGUCCAGUCCUCACAAACUGGCCGACAAAAUAGACAGGCUCAAACCGCUCACUCGAGUGGAAGCACUCUUGUUUGAAAAUCCUAAUCCGCCCCCCCUAUUCCAGCCACCGAAAAGUCCGUUAGAAGAAAGUAGGCAUCGGACGGGUUCCUUUUCCUCCCUCGUGACUUCUGAUCAUCCGCUCAUCAUAAACGUUCGGCCGUUUAUGGACAGAGAAGAAUCGGCAGACGACAGCGAUUCGUGUUACCCUACCCAGAGACCGAUGAAGAUUGUCAAAUCCGCAAGAAACAAAGUCUUCAGAAUGAAUGAAUCUUCUGAUGAGGAAGACACGAGUGAUUGCGAUAAGGAUCCAGAAAUCAGACUGCUGACUCCAACAUUGUUCAAAAAAGGUCAGGAAUAUCAAUCUCCAAAAGUUAUCUAUUUAUCUGAUGAAGAGUCUUUCGGCUCUUCUAUUAUAACUAAUUUCAUCAACAGUCAAGAGAACGACCCGUCUUUUAAACCCAAAUGCAAAAUCAGAAGAGAUGACAACAAAAAUAAUAAGCAUUCGAAGAAAGUGCAAAAGACAACUGCUAAAGUGAAAUCGAAAAAUCAAAAACCAACAAAGCAGACUACGCUGAGAAAUUUCGUCACCACUACAACUAAAAGGAACAAACCUGUCAGUUUAAAUGAUAGCCGUGCUGAUUUUCAAAAGCAUGUUGGAAAGAAAAAGAAGCUAUUUAAUCAGGAUGCUCCUUCUACAUCAACCGCUGCUGAUGCAUCUUCAUCUCUUUUAAUUCGCAAAAGAAAAUCAUCCAAAGAGAUUAAUUCUUUGGGAAACAAGCGUCAUUGCAGUGAAUGCAAAAUAACGUUCAGGACUCCUAAUGAGUUGAAAAAACAUGCUUUUAUUUUUCACACCCACGACGAUCUCAGCAGUUGAUCCUUUUCUUUCUUUUUUUUUUUUUAAAAAAAAAACUAUCCAUUCAAAGGGUAUGUUGUAAUGUUAAAUUAUUGUACAUAUAUUUUAUGCUUGAUUAUUUUCGACAAUGAUUUUGAAUACAUUUUCUGUCUUUCCUUUUUUUAAAAAAAAAGAUUUUGUGGCUUAGAGAGGUAUAUGCAUAAACUUUUAAAAAUGAAAUAAUUUUUAACUGAGCAUUCAAUUUCACUGAAAUUGCCAAAGUUGUGGUUGCAACUUUUGUAUAGUAACAUGCAUUUGUUCUAUUUAUUUCUCAAAUGAUGACUUAAGAGAAAGAAGGUCCUGUGUGUGAUGUUUUCGUUAAAGUUGUGUUUGCAAACAACAUUAUUUUUUU